AUGGAGUUCAAGUACGCCAGCUGGAUAGCGCUCAGCGCGGCUGUGUCGAUCAAUCUGUUCGGAAUGUUCUGGGUCACGACGAUGGUUAUCGGUUUGGUGCUGUUCUUGCUCGGGUUUCUAACCAUACUGUACUUACAACAUAGCGAUCUGGACAAAUUUCUAGACAGUGGGCUGCUGGAGAAUCCGCUCGAUGAACCGAAAUCGUUAGGACUCAGCAUCGUUUGUGACCCUAAGCCCGGUAAUUUGCUGCUCAUUUCGCCCAACAUCAAAGUGCAAACCGAAUCUAACCGAAAUGCGAAAGCGCCGCACCCGUCCGGUGCGGGCGACUCGUCCGUGGCCGGUGGCCACGGUACCCGCCGGCGCAACUUUCUCGAUGCUGGAAUCGAGCUGCUGUUCAAGAAGCGCGAACCACGUUCCAGCGCCGGUGAACCGCCGGCGAAGUCAAACACAAUCACGGACCACCUUAUGCACCGUGGCCAUUUGCACUUCCACCAACGGGACCAUCAUACCAUUUUAGAUAACAGCCCCGAGGGAGGAUCGCUUCAUUCGACGACGGUGCCGCCCCCCACAUCGCAUCGGCAACCAUCGCCCGGAGAGGAACGUAGCCGCUGGAGACCGUUCGAGAGCAUUAAGAUACACACGGACAAGCGGGCGACAAGCGGCCAGACAGACCACGAGCUGGACAAGCAUCGGAGAAAAGAUGUAGGCAAUGUUUCCAUCGGCGAAGAAGUGUCCGUUGCGUCGACUCCACUGUCCUCGUUUAAAUCUUAUCUUACGCAUCCGGAGAUUCUGCUACACCACCACCGUCACGAUACACCGCCCGGCUCGCCGAAGAAGAAAAAGAUCCUGAGCGGUAACAAACCGGUCGACAAGCUGAUACACACGAUCCUCGAUUAUGUGGUGCGCGAUUUCAUCGACUCCUGGUACACGAUCGUGUCGGACAAUCGGGAAUUUUCCGAGUGCAACAUUCGCACCAGCAUCGAGUCGCUCAUUCUGCAAAUCUGUCAACGCGUCCGGUCGGUCGACCUGCUUCCACUGAUGACGACCCGCCUGAUCGAUGAUCUAGCGAAGCAUACACGCUUCUAUCGACUUGCCACGCAGGAGGUAGCUAACAGUGCCAAUAGCAAAAAGUCCUCAGGUACGGAUCAGAAGCGCAUCAAGAUCCACGAGAAAUUGUCUCCGCAGCGGCGCAGCCUCAAGGUGGAAGGUCACCGGCGCAACAAGAGCGAGACGGAUCUUACCUGGCAGCUGGGUAAUGCGGCAGUGCAGAAGAAUGUGGCCAACUCACGGUUUUACAACCUGCCGGUCGAUGAGCAAUCGCUAAUCGAUCCGGACACGAUGUUGCUAAACGCUUUCUUUGGCUUUUGUGAGGACUAUCGCAGCGAGUGUAUGGACGUGGAAGCGCUGGAUGACUACUUCAAGCACGUGUCCGAAACGGUGCUUUACUUCGUGCUUCCGGAGGAGGACUUUAACUGUCUGACGUUGCGUACGCUGCUGUGCAACCUGCUCGCCAACAGCCUGCUGAAACCGAUGUUUCACACGCUGGCGGAUCCGGACUUUAUUAACCUGCAGAUCGCGAAACAGUUCACCAAGGAUCCACCGGCGGGUGAGUUUUUGCUGAAGAUGAUCCGCCAGUCGACCGAUCUGUCGGAGCUGCGUGCCUGCCGGCAGCUGAUUACCAAAGAGAUGGACGCAAAGUACAAGGAUAGUAACUGUAGUGCCGAGCUGGCUAGUCUCAAGUACACGCAGAAGCUGAUCGAUCUGAGAAUAAGCCAUUUGCAGAACAACAAGAACGACUUUGGCAAAACGGAACGAGAUAAAGCUUCAACGAAUUUACCACAGCUCAGCCUCGAUGAUAUCUUGCGGAAGGAGCUGGCCGUGUUCUACUAUCUGGACUAUCUUAGUGUAUUAAAUCUGCAAAAGUAUGUGAUAUUUUAUCUCACCGCUCAAGAAUGGAAGCUUAGUACCAGUCAAUGUUACUCCGAGAUGCAGGUGAACAAGUCAAAGUUAAGCCGAGAAGAACUACUGCGAAGCAUCCGGGAAAAGGCGAGCAAUCUGUAUCAGGAGUAUCUGCAACCCUCCUCACCCAACUACCUUAACAUCGAUCCGGGACUGAUAGAGGCUCUCAAUUUCCGGUUGAACGAUCCGUCCAUCCAGCCGGAAAACACGUGGUUCGAUUCGAUCUGCAAAUACAUCUACGAGAAGCAGAAAAACGAAGAAGUGUUCCUUAACAACUUCUACCAAAGUGUGGCCUACAAGCAGUUGCUGCGUGAGUUAGACUUUCACAACGCGCACGAUCAGGAUAUGCCUUCGCUCGAACACCUAACCGUGUUCGGAGGGCUCAUGCACAGUGAUAGUGCAAGCGACACCAACAGCGGUGACAUUCGUUUCGAUGAAACAGACGACGAUGAGGAUGGGACGAGCACCGUACCGACCGCACCAACAUCUUCCACUGCAUUUCCACCACCCAUUACGGUGGACAUCAAAGAGGAGCACGAUGUGAGGGCCAGCGCUGUGGUGAAGAAACCAUCCCCGUCGAGCCUUUUCCCCACGACCGUGAACACGAUCAAGCACGCCCGAUCGCACAGUGACUGUACCGGGAUGUUUGCAGCCAUCAACGAUCUCAACAUCGAGCAGCUACGGCAAUCGUCCGACUGUUCCAGCAACGAUUCGGGCAAUGAAGCGCCCACCGCGAUGCCCACGAGUCGCCGAAUCCCGGCACCGCAGCUGUCUGAUGUUGUACAUCGUUAUGCGGACGAAUCAAGUCAUCAGGGUCAACACCAUCAAACCCAACAUCAUCACCAUCACCACCACCAUCACCAUCAGUAUAAGCAUAAACUGUCCGCACGGAUCAUUAACACGGCUAUUCACUGCGAGGGGCAUUACGCGGUGUACGCCAUUCAGGUGCACGUGAUCGAGGAUAAUCACCACAAGAGCUGGCACAUCUAUCGACGCUAUUCGAAGUUUCUCGAGCUGAAGAAGCUGCUGGUGAAACGUUUCCCAACACUCGAUCGCGUACCGUUUCCAGCGAAGAAAACGUUCCAAAACACACAGCGGGCCGUGCUGGAGCAUCGGAUGGAAAUAUUGAACCGUUUUCUGGCGGAGAUCUGCGCGAAAGCGGAACUUUCCGAAGAGAUGAUGGCGAUCAUACGGAACUUCUUGGAACCGGACACGGACGACCGUAAGAUGCAUGGAGGACCGGUAGUAAAAACGAUCGAAAGUCUCAAGUCAGGCAUGAGUAAGAUUCGGAACAUGCCGGACACGCUUGUCGGUGGCAUUUCGAGGAUGUUCGUGGGCAAAAGUUCGCUGAAAGAGCGCAGCUUCUACGACAUACAGGACAUUCCGACGCUCGAGCUGAAACAGUCCGAGUAUCCGGCACUGGCAUCGGCACUGAAUCUGCUCGACGAGGUGUUCGAUCUGCAGAACAAAUCGCAAUGGUUGCGCCGUGGGCUUAUCAACCGACUGUUAGGUGCGCCUUGGGUUAGCCAUGCGACCAACAAGCGCAUUAUACAGACGGCGAGUAGCCUGCUGGCCGCGGAUAAGCUGGAAUCGGUCCUGUCGUCGAUACUCAAUAACGUGUGGCCGGAAGGGGAUCGUUUCAAUCCAACUACUCCCCUGCGUGAGGAUAGUACACGUUUGCGUACAAAACUGGCGGCCAAAAUUUCCCUCUUCGCAUUGCUGUCCGACGAUCUGAAGCACGUGGUCGGUUCGGUGACGUGCAACAGUGGUCUGUUGAAUUUCUUCCAAAUGCUCCAAAACAAGAAGCUAAACACUCGGCUACUGCUGAUCCUGUUCAACCGAUUGUUGGUGGUGAUCUUACAGACGGAGAACGUUACCAAACACGCUCUCCUGUCGUCUGAAGCUAGUGGAGCCGGCAAUGGUGCUGGAACGAACGGCACCGACGAUACGACAACGAUACGCAUCGGAGCACCGGGAAUGGUGGCCGGAUCGCGAAAAGCGUCCCGAUUUUCGUGA